GACACAGGCAGAAAUUGUAGUCUGUUACUAGGCUUCAUUUGCUUUAUCUUCAUAACUAGAUCAUGUCUUCAAAUGACCAGAGGAAUUUAGUUCAUCAUCAGACACAUGCCUCACUGGAACAGUUCUGGAAGGCAGUUGAUAUCUGGAACAACUUUCCCCAUGUAGUAAAUAGACGAUUAUGUGGGGUGACAUUUUUGUUCAGUGGCAAGAUUUUGAAUCCUGAAGUAGAUUAUAACAUAAUUGUAUCAAAGCUCAGGGAUACAAAUAUAUCAGCUGCUACUGUAGUUGAAGAAGAACAUCUUUUAAAGGCUCUAGAAACAGCUGGAAUUCAGACAGAGAAGAAUUGUGAUAUUUCUGAGGCUGGCAUCUACAUUUACUUCAAGAAACUGUUACCAAGAAACAGUGAUAGAUUCAAACCAUGUUUGGAACUUGUUAUUAUAGAUAAGUUUCAGAAUGUGGCCCACUUCAUCGGUCUGCAGGAAGAUUAUGAACAGCCAAAUCUCACCCUUAAAAUUGUAUACCUGAAACAUAAAAAAGAAAUUGUUUUGGCCAUAAAGACUGAGAAUAGUUCAUGUAUUUCAAGUGUGGACUGGAUAAAGGCCUACUUAUUUCCCAAAAUUAUAAAAUGGGCUGAGACCGCUGAUGUUAAGAAUGAAAGCAGUGGUUUGGUAACAUCUUCAAUUACCUUGGUUAAUAUUGCAAAGUACAGUAAGAUGUACCAGGAACUGAAGAAGAAAUAUGCACUUCAGAUGGUACAGAUAUGGCCUGAAAACACGGAUCCUCUGAAAUUUGUGUAUGAAGAUGUAGCCAUUGCAACAUACUUGUUGCUGCUUUGGGAACAGGAGAGACUGCAGAGAGGAACACCAGAUGCAUACCAGACAUUUGUUGACCUUGGUUGUGGGAAUGGUCUUCUGGUCCAUAUACUUAGUAGUGAAGGUCAUCAAGGUGUUGGGUUAGAUGUUAGGAAGAGGAAAAUCUGGGAUUUAUAUCCUUCCAGUACCAAACUACAGGUUCAGUCAAUUUUUCCAUCUGCUGAAUGUCUAUUCCCUGAAGCUGAUUGGUUAAUUGGUAACCAUUCAGAUGAGUUGACACCAUGGAUUCCUAUUAUUGCAGCGCGAAGCUCCCGAAGUUGUCGAUUCUUUCUUCUUCCUUGCUGUUGCUAUGAAUUAAAUGGACAGAAAUACCAGCGUAACAAUUCUUCACACAGUCAAUAUAUGGACUACCUGGAUUACAUAUAUAAAUUAUGUAAAGUAUGUGGAUUUACUACUAAAAUUGAUAGGCUGAGAAUCCCUUCCACCAAAAGAAUAUGUCUCGUUGGUUGUGAAAGAAAUUACCCGGAACACAAAUCACUAAAAAUGGAUAGAGAUAUUCAGUUUUUAAUAGAUUCAAAAACCAGCAAGAGAAUGGAAGCAACGAUUGGAGAACUGUCUGGCUGUUCUGAAAUUAAAGGUUCGACCAAUAAAUGGGUGCAAGAUGUCAGGAUUCGUGAAAAAGAAGAAAAGGUCCGCAAUUGUACGCAACUUCACAGGGGGUUUGUGGAAGAAAUUUUAAAGUUAGUCACAGAACAAUUACUGAGCAAGCAUUACUAUAUAUUGGUAAGUAGUAUGGAAGGUGAAAAGCGAUUGUGGAAUGCGGGAGAAAAGAUGCUGUUGGCAGAAUUAGCAUCUCUGAUACCGAGAGAGAAACUGAAACAAUUGAAGAAUGAGUGUGGUGGAGUGCAGACAUUGUUAAAGAAUAAUGGCUACGUUUUCCUUGUAGAGCAUGGUUAUGUUCAACUAAGAGUUCCAUCAGUGAAUGCAUCAUUUCAAGAGAACAAACCUAUCUCAAGGCGAAAACGUCAUAGUCCAGGAAAUAUUAGGAAUGUUUCAAGGAAACAGAAGCUCUGUUGGUUCCAUUUUAAUCAUCCAGAUGGCUGUCCACUCUCAGAUGAUGACUGUUCAUACAGACAUGGAUGAGCAUAAAUAUGCUGUGUCCACUCUAAUAUAAGAUAAUCCUCCUUCUGAAAACUUAAAUACAUAGGAAAAAAAUUGUGAUCCAAUUUUAUUGAUAAAUCACUUAUUUUGUAAUUAUUUAAUGUAAUUCUGAAGUAACAGGGUUUAAGUACUUGGCUCUGCUCUUGCUGUGGAUAGCAAACCAUUGUUAGUAAAAACACAAGUAUGUUUUACUGCUGCUGAUAUAAACAUUAUGUAGUGAAUUAAAUUGCUUUAAAUGGUAGGAUAUUUGAUGAAUAAUGCAUUGGAAAGUAUAUGGGAGGGAACUGUUUUUGCCUAAUGUAAGAUCUUAAACCCUUUCAUUCCGUGUAGCGACUCAAUGUAAAAUUAUACACUGAGCCAUGCCUCAUGGCUUGAAGUGGUCCCUCUCCCCCACCCUCUACAUUCUUUGGAGCCAGUGGCUGGCCUGCAGGGCAGAGGAGAAGACGUAUAGGUCUGUUUCUUUAAAGCAACGAGUCGUAACCCCGAUCGGAGCCUGAGCCUUGUUAACACUGAAAGGUGGUAUAUUAAUAGGCCAAACAUGUUUCGACCCCAAGGGUUCAUCUUAAGUGGCCAAUCAGACAGUAACACACAGUGUUGAAUUACCAGAAUAAUACAUCCAAAACUACAUAAAAUGCCAAUUCUAACUUUUGUAUUGCCAAUUUCUAUGAAACAAUACAGUUCUUAUUGGAUAUAAAAAUAUUAUUACAAUUAAAAUUUGUAUAAGUCAGACAUUUAAAGAAAUUAAAGUACUAUUGUUGUCGUUAUUCACACUCA